AUGGCGUAUGCGUCCCGCCCUACCUCCAUGCUUCCUCCAGGAUCAUCGACUGCGAACCUUCGACAGACAAAUAGCGCCUUAGCACAGCAACAGUCCUCCGCCUUGGCAGCUCGCGUUGCAUUCAAGAAAGCUGAACUUGACAACCUGAUUCAGCUGCGCGAAAUGAGCCAUGGCCUCGCAGGGCAGAUGGAGGCUCUUCAAGCCAAGCUUGGAACGCUCAGAGACGGCACAGAAGCUGUAGCAUGCGUACUUGCCAAUUGGGAUAAUGUUUUACGGGCAAUCACUAUGGCGUCUACCAAGCUGACGACGCUGAACCAAGCGCCAGGUCAAGAACCGACCAUUGACGAACAGGGUGAGGUGUCCACCGAGUUACCCUUGCCGGCGACACUGGUUCGGAUACCUGCUAGUCAACAUGACACACUAAGAAAACGCUGA